AUCAAGAAAAGACGACGAAGAGGGAGGAAGAGGUGGCGGCGGAACAGAGCGGCGAAGUAGCUAGCCAGAAAUAACUAAUAAGACAUUCACUCUAAGACGGGCGGCCAACCGGCCCGGACGAACGCGCUGUCACAGCGCCGGAUAUUGGUGAACGACGGGUGUGACCACUUGGGGCCCCCAUAGAGAGGGCCCCCAACCGGAAGAAGCCGCCGUAAGGCGGUCACAGUCUACCAGGCAUGGAGCAGUUCGAGCAACUGCUAACGUGCGCGAUAUGCCUGGACCGGUACAGGAACCCGAAGCUUUUGCCAUGCCAGCACAGCUUCUGCAUGGAACCGUGCAUGGAUGGCCUCGUUGACUACGUACGUCGACAAGUGAAAUGUCCAGAAUGUCGAGCGGAACAUCGUAUACCCUACCAGGGUGUACAGGCCUUCCCGACCAACGUGACCCUGCAAAGAUUCUUGGAAUUGCACAUCGAGAUCACUGGGGAGCUACCGGACCCGACCAGCGGUCAAACAAUGGAACGUUGCGGCGUUUGUUCGGAGAAGAGCUACUGCUCCCUCUGCGUCCACUGUGAGAAAAAGUGCUGCCCUGAAUGCAAGGACGCUCACAUGGACAUCCUCAGGCGUGAAAUCACGCGCAUCAAUUCCCAGAUACGCAGGGGGCUGCACAGGUUGCAGGACGCGCUGGCUUUGGUAGAGAAAAACACAUUGGGACUACAAACAAACUGUGCCUCGGUCGCGGAAGAGGUGGACGAGAUUUAUCGGAGGCUGAGCAAGGCUUUGAAAGACCGUACGGAACAUCUGCGUAACGAGGUCGAUCGAUACCUGGGCACAGAGCUCAGAGGCUUGAUUCAGCUCAAAGAGAAUCUGGAAUUGGAAAUCGCGAAUAUCCAGAGCAACUGCGAUUUGGCGGAGGCUCACAUCAAUGAAAACGUGCCAUGGGACGAUUCCGAACUCCUCGAUACAAAAGAGCUUUUCCUGCGUACGGUGGAAUUCAUCAGGAACUUCGAGUACGAAGCCGGGGAUUACAGUCGGCGAGUGCGUUUCGUGAUGGCGCACGAUCCGAACCAACUGGUCCUCCAUGUAGCCGGUUACGGCGAACUGAAUAUCAAGCCAGAAGCCGGAAGCGGAGGAUUGCUGGGUAGCUCGAGCAGUCUAGCACCUCCCGGAGGAUCACCGGGUCUCAUGAGAAGCAAAAGCGACCACCGUCUGGCUUCGCAAUACCGGCAGCAAGAGGAAGAGCGACUGGCGAGAAAUCGAUACGUGCCCGAAUACGAGUACGAUGCACCAGAAUACGAAGUGCCGAGGAACAAAUCGAGAUACAGAAGUCGAUUUAUGCGACACCGGGACGGAGACGAUUCGGAUGGCGACUCGAGGUCGACCGUGAGGUUUACGUCGACGCCACAGGAGCCCUCGGGACUUCGUGAACGUGUCCUGGACACAGAAGACGCGGCACGCGGGCCACUUUCCGGGAUUUUUCGACUCACAGACUCGCCGCGUAUUAUGAAGAAGCUUCAAGAAUACGAGAGAGCCGGAAAAAGAAAGAAGGAGGAACCGGUGUCACAUCCUGCUCAACAACCUCAACCACCAAAACCUCAGGUCCAAGUCAGAAAAGUGCCGACAGCGAUGGCGAGACAAACCAGCGAGGAUGACGAGAUUUCUAGGAUUAAAAAGCAGAACAAAACGGCGGCCACACCUACCACUGAAACGCUGGAAGAACGACAACCAGUAUCUACACCUACACCUGUUCAUCCGCCUCCAAGGGAACAGUCUGAACGAGAACCGGAAGAACCUGCACGAAGACCGAUGCCCGCGAGGAGAACUUCCACGGAUACCCACACUCCUGCUACGAGAAGCGCUUCAUCAGACUCGAGCACGGGCUCCGAGAGCUCAGGAGGAUCAGGAAUCCGCAGCACGGGUGCGCCAUUCACCGCCGAGGAAAUGAAGCAGAAAUACUUGUCGAGAGCACCGACGUCGAACGCAACAUCUACGAUCUCGUCGCCGCACAGCGGCACACCACCGACUGCCAAAGACACCGCCAACGCCUCUCCCACUUCGCGAUCCUUUCAGAGCCGUUUUUUAGGCACAGGUAACCGUGCAGCCCCGCCGCCACCCACGCAACCACCUCCAGCGGCGCGAGAGGAAACGGCCAUAAAGAAGAAGGAGGAAGAGGAGGAGGACGACGAGGAAACUAGUAGUUCCUCGGAGGAGACGGAAUCCGAGACUGAGGAGGAAUCGGAAACCGAUGCACAUCCGUCGGGCACGACGACCUCGACAACACCCUCGACCACUGCACAGGAUCGUCAGAGAAGCGAAUCCGCGAUGGCGAGGACAGAUAUCGGGCCUCUGCUCGCUCGAAGCGCAGAAGCUAGACGAGGUAGCAAGGAAGACUCUCCUACGACCAGGUAUUCGUCGCCGAGAGGAAGUCCCGCGCAUUCGGUGACGAGCCCGACAACUACGACGACCACGACACCGACGGGCGGCGCCGCGACAACGCCGGCCGGCUACACCAGCAGGACGUUUAGUGACGAACACGAUGAACCGUCAAACACCGAUCGUGUCGAGGAUUACGAAAUCGCGGCUAAGAACGCGGAUUACGAUAUUGUCGGUGCAGACGGAUCGAUGGUUAAACCGCAGUCGAACAAACGAACCUAUAUACCGGACGAUAGUACGGACACCGACGAAACGAUCACCUCAUCCUCCUCCUCCUCCGCCACUAGAUUCAAAAGUCUCGAAGGUAACGGUAACGAUAGUCGAGUAGAGAACCGCAGCGAGGUCAACGAAGACGCGUUAAUGGAAGGUCGUUCGGGGAACGACGUGAACUCUUCGUUAUCCGCUUGGACCGACCGACGAGCGUCGCUCGCUCAAUCAUCUACAAUCCGAGAUAAUGGAUACCAGCCAGAUAAGACUGCGAGUUCCAAUGGAUCCCUGGAAACCUCGCGAGAGACGGUCAUCAACGGUGACGGAAGGAAAUACGCGAAUGGGUCGAGCGAUAAAUCCAACAACGUGGAAUCGAGCUCGGAGAGCGAAUCUGAGAGCGGCACCGAGAGCGCCACUGACAGCGACUCUGAAAGAGACGAGGAAGAGGACAAAGAAUCCAGAGACGAGAAUAGUAACAUAAUGAAUAAAAAGACUGAAAACCCGGAGCAAGGUCGAGCUUCGGACAUCCAACACCUGAACGAUACCAGCAGUGAGGAUGAAUCGACCAGUUCGGAGACCGAUGACCAGACUACCGUAUUAAGCGUACCGUCAAACUCCCAUUCCGAAGAUAGUUACACGGUUUUGGAACGAUACGACGAUAGAAGCACAAAGCGGCGAAGCUCCUCGAUACUCGAUGACAAAAGUAUCGAGGAAUUGUUCGACGACAACGGAUGGGUGAUUACUGAUCAGGAUCUGCAGGCAGAAAAACCUCGGACAAUCUCCAAAGGUUUCAAGUCGAUCGAUCGCAAUGACUCGGGCAUAAACAACGAAAACACCGACAACGAGUCAUCCUCGAACGACGAGAAAAGUAACAUUCUGGAUAGCGAUACGAUGGACAAGGAGGAUAACGAAAGGACUGAAAACGAGAAGGCUUUAAGUGUAUCCGAAUCGUCUGAAAGUUUAUCGAGAAGUCGAGCGUAUAGACAAAGUAGCAUUGGCAAGAACGGUUGGCUGGUGUCGGACGAAUCCGAGACUGAAUCUGACAGAGCCACUUCACCCGUAGAAGAUGCUGCGAUCCGAACUGAGUCCGAUACGACGGAUGCUUCGAAGAAUGUAGCGAGUAUCGAGGAUGAGAGAAUGAACGACGAUGAUGCGUCAACACCGAUGUCGACCACGGUGAACGAGAAAAAGUCUGAAAGUGGCAAAGAUUCGAUGGUGGCCGAUAGCGUCGAUGAGAACGGUUGGGUGAUUCUAAACAAGGUGAACAACACGUCUACGGGGAAAAAUAUCGAGGGCGGAAGCAUGGACGAGACGAGCACGAUUCGUUCCCAAACGACCGACCUCGUAGCGAGAACUAACAUUGAGAACGGUGCAUUAGUCGCGAACGCUACCCAAUCCAAAGAGACCGAGACUCGCAACGAGCACGAGGACACGCCUGGUGUCGAUAUCACUAUACCGAUGCAAAUGGUAACCACCGUUUUCUGUGUGUCCGUACUGUGUUACAGCGUUCUAAUCAAUCUGUUCCUGUAACCUGUCUACUAUACACCUCUUUGCCCAUUUCUCACCGUAUUUACGUUCACGCCUUCUUUUUGUCGUUGUUCGUCGGUGUUAGUAGUAAAAGACUGCAAAGACUACUCUCACGGAUACAGACGAGACUGUCUCGAUUGCAAGAUACGACGCAGCAGUUUCUUCGUUCGUUAUUUUUAUCCUUGCGUUCGUUCGCUUCGAUUCUCUCUCGUUCUUCGUGUUUCCUUCGUGGCAGGAAGGAACGCCGGCCUCGUGGAACGUUUGUUUUAAACCGUAAAAGAGAAACAGAGAUCGGAGAGGAAGGUGUCGAACGUAGAAAGAAUGGAAUUCCUCGGACUCUUGCUCGGCGAACGAUUCGUUUACCUGUGUUUCGUCUGAACUCGAGCGCUGGCUAUUUGUCGCCUCUUUUCGUGAAACUGCUGCCCGGGAUCUGGCGUCUUCUAACGUCUUCCAAUCGAUAUCAUCGACCAUUCAUUCACGUCAGAUCACAGACAUUCGAAACAAAAAACGAACGAACAGAGUAUGCAUAAUAUAACCGAUUAGACCUCAAUCGAGUAUUUAUUGUAUGGUAAAAAACUUGCAUUUUAUAUAUUGUGAUAAUCGUACGUACGAUCGUAAGUGUAACUUUUUGUUCCUACGUUGAUCACCCGCGACUAUUAAUCCCCGCAUUGCUCAAUAAACGUAGCUUCGUAGACGCGGAAGAAAAAUUAAGAAACACCGCUCUAGUCGGCAAAACUAAGCGUAGUUCAGCGCAGUUAAAGAAACCGUCCUCCUACAGUGCAGCUUAAGUCCACGCUGAAAUAAACGCUUUUGAAAUCGUUCCCAUUGAGAACACGGCCGCGCUAAUGGCACGUCGUGAGACGAAAUGUGACGCGUAAGACUAUUACGAUUACAGUGGUUACGUAUUCCAACGAACUGGCUUUCUAACGAACGAAACAUCUAACGACUGCGACGCACAUACCCAUAAAAAUCUGUGUAUAUAUUUCAUACAUAUUUGACGUAUAGAGUUCGUCGGAACGUUAAUUCGUCCGAUUACGCAUCCACUGUAACCAUAGCCUAACGCGUGACAAGCCAUUCCCGUUAACCCGUGACCAUUUUCAUAUCAUUGAAACUUUUUGUACUCUUUUUCCUAGUGAAUAGACUUGCGUCAGUUUGUUGGUGUGGUAAAUAAACUGCAUUUCUUUGUGAUAA